GGAGGGGGGAAAGAAAGAAAAAACCCUCACGGACCCGUGCAGCAGCAGCAGUGUGUUCCCAUCACGAGAGCCGAGCAGAGAGCGAGCGAGCGGGGCUGAACUUAACACAACACCACCGCCUUCUCCACCCAACCAACGCCGCACGCGACAGGGGACACACGGGUCCACGCAGGCUGUCCUCCGCUGUCCAGAGUCCCCCCGUUUCCUCCUCCUCAAAAUGUCUGUUGGCAGUGACUUUGGAAACCCUCUAAGAAAAUUCAAACUCGUCUUUCUCGGGGAGCAAAGUGUUGGAAAGACGUCCCUGAUCACCAGGUUCAUGUAUGACAGCUUUGACAACACGUAUCAGGCCACAAUUGGAAUUGACUUCCUGUCGAAAACCAUGUACUUGGAGGAUCGAACGGUGAGGUUGCAGCUCUGGGACACAGCGGGACAGGAGCGCUUCCGGAGCCUCAUCCCCAGUUACAUCCGGGACUCCACUGUGGCUGUGGUGGUGUACGACAUUACAAACGUGAAUUCAUUCCACCAGACGUCAAAAUGGAUCGAGGACGUGAGAACAGAGAGAGGAAGUGAUGUCAUCAUCAUGCUCGUCGGCAACAAAACAGACCUGGCGGAUAAGAGGCAAAUCACAAUUGAGGAAGGCGAACAGAGGGCCAAAGAGCUGAGCGUCAUGUUCAUAGAGACCAGCGCCAAGACGGGCUACAACGUCAAGCAGCUGUUUCGACGUGUGGCCGCUGCUCUUCCGGGAAUGGAAAGUAUGCAAGAAACGAGCAAAGAAGGGAUGAUCGACAUCAAGUUGGACAAACCGCAGGAGCCCCAGACUACCGAAGGCGGGUGCUCCUGUUAAUGCUCGGCACCUUCGUGGAACAAAAAACAAAACAUCAUUCACGCCACAUGCUUGUUAUGUUGCUUCCUAUUGGUUAACCUGCAGUUGACUUUGCACGUUGAGAAUCUGGCCUCCUCACCUGACUAUUGGUCAUCGGUUGGAACUAGCAAUAUGUGAAUUUGGUUCUAAAAGUAGUGUAGCCUACUUUGUUAAUGAAACUGCCAAAAAGUCUUACAACUUGCGAAAAAACAAAAAGAUGAAAAAAAGAAGAACCCCAACUUACAUAUGUGGAUACAAGUUUUUUUUUUUAAGUAGAAAAGGAAGUUUCCCCAGUUUCUUUUUUGUAUUUUUGUAUAUUCAGGGAAAGGUUGUUUUUUUAAAGAUGCAAACAACUCGGCUCUGUAUUUGAUGGUUUGAUAAGAGCAGAUGGUUUUAGACAUUAUUCUAUGGAUCCCACUCUUGUUAGAGGCAAAAAUGGAGGUCCUCCCCACAUUAUUACCCAAAUGUUAGUCACGAGAAACCUUUAUCGAUCCCCUGACGUAGCCAUUCAUACCUACACUUAGCCAUCUCAAGGCAUAUCACUGAGACGCAACCAGUUUAAACCUGGAGGGUUCCAAAUAUCUUCUAUAUUCAUAGCAUUAAUAUAGCAGCAAACAACUAUUAUCUGGAGGAAUUCUCAUGCGGCGCUGACGUAGCAGAAGGGCAGCAGCCAACCGCCACAAAGACAAAUCACAGUUUGAUCCUGUUAUGAAUCGUGCCCUGAAAUGCACACAUGAUGUUUGUCAAUUUAAAAAAUAGUCUUGCACGUCAACAAGUGACAGUUUGUUGUAGUACUAUUGAUUUCUGUGUAAAAGCGGCCAAUAGGUCACUAACACCAACACGGCCGUUACUUUGGCUAGCUAGUUAGCUUGCUAAUUAGUUAGCUAGCUUGCUAGCUAGCGUGGCUGUGUGCUGAACCGAUGUAACGUUCUUUUACUCGCCGGUAAAGGGAAAGAAAAGAGCGAGACCUGUUUGUUGGUGGAGUUCGAAACACAGGCGUCGUAGCUUCAAGCGAGAGACUUUACGAACGCCACGUUUGUUCUCUCUAAUUACGUCUUAUACCUCAACAUUUUUACGGCAAAAUGAGACUUUCCUGAUGUGAAAUAUUUUCUUUUAAACUGACAAACAUCGCGUGUGCAAUUCAUGUCAAAACAGGAUAUUAAAAAAAAGAUUUGUCUCAUUGACUACGAUAAGUAUUAUUCCUAAAUAAGGUCCCAUGGAGGUCCACCGGAAAGGGGCGGGACUUCCCCUCUCUGUAGAGAACCUUUAAGCCUAAAAAGCCUCAGGUUUGGAGAGCCAAUCACAGCUCUCCUGCCAAUAACCGUGGUGGGAUCCAUAAUUCUGCGCUCCGGUCAUUCAACAGCAACCGAACUGCAUCAUCUUGAGUAUCUAAUGCAUGCCUCGUUUUUUGAGCAUAGGUACUGUCUACCAGUGUGCACAAGUUUGAAUAUGUAAACGGUAACAUUGCACCAGUGACUUACCGCACUCUGAUAAUGACUGUCUUUUUGUUUAUGGGAACUGUCGAACUGGAUUUGUAUACUUGACUUCAGAAUAUCUCUUUGUUGUGUGUGUGUGUGUGUAAAUGUGUGCUUUUUGUAUAGGCAACGCUACAAUGCAGUCACGUAGAGGGCCACUGCCAAUUCGUUACAUUCUCGCCACAUUACGGCACCACGUAGGUCACCAUUUGUUUGCGGCGUGUCAUAGAUCCCCCCCACCCCACCACCACCACAGCAAUGUGACAUCUGCCGUUGCAUCGUGUGAUAUCUUGGUAGUUGUGAUUACUGUAGUCUGCACAUGCGCUUUAGGGGAGUGAUGGAGGAUCGAAGGCCUCGUCCGGUGUCACAGAGGAACAUGAACACAGAGUCCCCCCUGUGCUGGUCUGUAGACUCAAUGAUGGUUCUGGUAUCAACCCGGACCGCUAACGUUUUUAGAAACUGCUUCUUGUCCUGGUAGAAGACUAAUUUUCACUCGUAGACCUUUUUCAGGUUCAUAUGAAGUUCUGAAACGCUUCAUUGUCAAUGUCACUUGAAUCCAGACCUGUCCGGUUGUCUCCCACUGAGGGGAGGUUUUCUUUGCUGCUGGUGUUUAAACUGACUACUGACGUUGGAAUUAUGCAAUGUUGUUUUAAUUUAAUUUAAUUACUCUUUUUUUUUUUUUAGAGCCAGGUAUCAUAACAUCCACUCGUGGGGAAGUCAGCCAGUGUUGUGAACACCACUUUGAUCCGUCUCUGAAGUGAAACCUUAAUGCACUUUUUGAAGAACAUGUUUUAGAAUUAGUGACACUGUAAGUCUUAGAAAACAUGGUAUAAAAAAACGCUUGGAGUACUGUGACUUAGAGUAGACUCGAACGUUCAUGGAUUGUUCACACGUGUCCAAAAAGGGGAGCACUCCUGUGAGAACUAGUGAGCCUUUUUAACCCUUGGAAUGAGCCAAAUAAUAACACUGAGCGAGAGAGAGCGAGUCGCAUGGAGCCUCAAAGGGAGAUAUUGGCUGGAAAGCCCUCUUAUGGGUUUGGGAGGGACAAAGACGGGUUGCCUUUCAAGCUCUAAUCCCUCGGACUGAAAGAAAAAGUCAUAAUGUAUCGACCCUCUGUGUUGCUGCCUAUUUAUUUUCACCAAACAGGAAUGUACUGCUCUCAUUACCGACCACACAGCCUUGUAACGAGAGCACUUUUUGAGAAAUUACUAUUUAUUUUUAAACGAGGACAAAUGGAUAAUCAGUUUCUGUAGACGUUUCCUUUGUAUUUAUUCCCCUUACAUGUUAAAGUAGAGUCCCAUUUAGAGGCCCAUUUUAGCGUUCCCUGGAAAUGGACCAGCCAAUGUC